CUAUUAAAGAGCUCGAAAGUAGAGUAUUGCAUUAAAGUGAAAGAAAACAGUCAAGAGAUUCCCACUGCUGACUCACUCGAUUCCAAACAAACGAAACGAAAACUUACACACGUCCAAGUUUCGUUUGUGGAUCCAGCAGAAAUGAUGGCAGCUGAAGCGUUAUACGAUCAGGAAUCUCUCAGGUGUUGCGUCUGUCUGGAUGUCUUCAGGAACCCAGUCAUAAUUCCCUGUGGACACCGUUUCUGUAAGGACUGCAUUACAGGUUUGUGGGAUAAAGAUGUGUGCAGAUGUCCUCAGUGCAAACAAACCUUUCCCAACAAACCUGUUGUCAGUGACUGGCUGCAGAUGAAGGAGCUUUCUGAGAAACUGAUGAAGAUGAGACCAAAGGAGGAGGAAGAUGAAGAUGCUGAAGCACAUGAAGCGAGCUGUGAUUCCUGCACCUCCAGAAGAACCAAAGCGGUGCAAUCCUGCCUCACCUGUGUCUCCUCAUUCUGCAGAAAUCACCUGGAGAAGCACAAUGAUCUGUUUGGAUGGAAGAAACAUCUGCUGACCGAAGCCACGGAUCUUCAGAGCAAAACCUGCUCUCUUCAUGGGAAACUGAUGGAUGUCUUCUGUCGCACUGAUCAGAAGUGUGUCUGUGUGCUGUGUGCUAUACAUGAACACAAGAAGCAUGACAGCAUCUCAGCUUCAGAGGAAAGAGCAGACAGACAGAUCAAGUUAAUGGAAACACGUGAGAAGUUUCAGCAGAACGUCCGAGACAGAGAGAAGGAUUUCAAAGAGCUAAAGCAGGCAGAAGACUCCAUCACAGUGAGUAUUGAUUGCAUCCUCAGGAGACAACUAUUUCAGAAGAAACACCUGAGAAGCGUUUCAAAGGUCCAGAUAAAGUCCUCUCAAGGUCCUGCUCAGCGGGACCAGAAGAAUGUUUUCCGUUUUGGGGAAUCAGUGGCAGAAUUUACCUUCAGUUUCCAGCACGUUCCCCUUAAAUCCACUUCUGUGGAGGCUUCUGGCUCAGAUCAUGCAGAAGAAACACGUAAACAUGAAAACGAAGAGGACUAUAAGCCGGUUGUGCUGUUACCUGAUCUAGUUGAGAUCUUGACUGGAGAGGAGAAUGAGCUAGUGGUUUUCAGUCACAGAGCCAAACUAUAUCGCUAUGACAAAGAAUCACCGCAGUGGAAGGAAAGAGGCAUAGGUGACCUUAAAAUACUUCAGAACAAUGAAAGCAGACGUGCAAGACUCGUGAUGAGGAGAGAGAAGGUCCUGAAGUUAUGUGCAAACCACUGGAUUACUCCAAACAUGAAGCUGGAGCCGAUGGAAGCGUCUGAGAAAGCGUGGACAUGGAGCGCUCUUGAUUUGCUGAUGGACACAGCAGCGUUCAGACAUUAG